CACCUCGGCCCUUUAAUGCUAUGCAAAAUAGGCGCAAUUAUAUGAUAUGGAGGCGAGUACCUAUUGGUUAUAGACUAUGCUGAUUUACUGUGGAUAUGCACUGACAAUGGUUGCAACUUUGUUGUAACUUAAGAGUAUCUUACUGUUCUAAUAUUUUUAUUCUUAUGCUUUGGUUUACCUUAUCUUGGAUGUUACUUAAUUUAUAUCAAUGUCAAUAGCGUUAGCUCUGCUACCUUAUAUUUCUCACAAUCUGAACAAACUCGCAUAGUCAUAGUCUGGCAAACCAAAUUUUUCAGUACAAUAAACUUGGGUUUAAUUAGCCCUAGCGGGUAAAAUUUAACACCAAUGAAAAACCCAUGUUAGUGAUUUAAUAAGUUAUUUUAAACGGCAUCCAAAGAGUACCCAGAAGCGUAUUAAUCACAUAAGGUCGUCUAAUUAAUGAUUCAUUUUAUGAAAUUCCUUUUUUAUGGGUGGAUAAUGUUACCUCUAAGGGCUAAUGUAACCUGAGUUUCGGUAAAUAAGAACACAGAAAACUAUACUCAUCCCUUUCUUUUGGGUUCUAGUACUAGCGCAAGACAAAGACAGUAUGAUUGUCUCUGUCUGUUUGAAAUAAGACAGUCCCCGGCGAACUAUAGCCGGUUAAAAAUAGAUAGAAUUAUGAUAACCCUCCGCGCCUACAUUUUUAAAAUUUGCUACUUUUUUCUACUGACGGAAAUGGCUCGACAGACUAUAUAACAAUUCAUAAUAACUUUAGGAACGUAUCCAUAAUUUUUUCAGUGGUGCGUGUAUCCGAACGUGUAUUAACCUACAAAAAAUAAAAGUUACGUAAUUAAGUCUGCUAUCUCACUUUAAACAGUACAUUCAUCGGUGAUGUCUAUUUCACUCAAUCAUCAUUAUAGUGUAUUCCAAUUCGCUGGGAUUCAGUCCCAUGCUGCUGACAUUUGACAGUUUGAAUUCUGAUGACGGAUAGAAAAAGGUUAUAAACAGAAAAAGAGGAAAUAAUAGGCUGAUUUAGAUAAAUUAACAAAUUGAGAGAUUCUAUUAAUAACGUUUAAGAUUAUUACUUUAGCCACUAUAGUAAAUAAUAACAAAUUUAUUAACGUAAGCACCUGGACACCCGAGAAACCGCAACGUGUACUAGGUUAGGCCGUUAGUGAAACAUGUUAGUACAAUAUUUAAAAUAACAUGACUGAAAGAAAAAUGUGCAAAUUUUACAAUUUGAAUGUACCGGAGCGACGAUCUGGCGAAGGCGGGGCGCAAAACCACAAUGAGGAGGACGAGCGAGCGCUGGAAGAGGCGAUUCCGCCAGUGGUACCCCCCAAUGAGCACAAACUUGAGUACAACUACUGGAUGUGGUUCUCGCGACGAGGUGCCGCCGCGCGCUCCGGCUACAGCCAGGCGCUCCGUCUGGUGGGUCGCGUGGGCAGUGUGGAGCAGUGGUGGGGCCUGUACGCGCACCUCGCGCGGCCGGCCGACCUUCCCCCACUGUCCGACCUGCAUCUCUUCAAACUGGGCAUCAAACCCAUGUGGGAAGAUCCGGCUAAUGUCAACGGUGGCAAAUGGACGGUCCGGCUUCGCAAGACGCAGACGGGGCGGGCCUGGGAGGACCUCUGCAUGGCGAUGCUCGGCGAGCAGUUCAUGGUGGGCCGCGAGAUCUGCGGCGUUGUGCUGUCCGUGCGCUUCCAGGAGGACCACCUGGCCGUGUGGCACCGGACGGCCUCAGACCGCGAGGCGGCCACGCGCGUGCACGACACGCUGCGGCGCGUGCUGCAGCUGCCGCCCUCCGUGCCCCUCCAGUACAAGGAGCACCCCGCCCCCCGCCCCGACGACGAGCGCUCGUAGCCCGCGCCCGCCCCGCGUGCCGUGCGUGUCCUGCAG